AUGUCGUUCGAAGAACUCGGGGUAUCCAAAUGGUUAUCCGAAGCAUUGAACUCAAUGAAAAUUCAUACACCAACGACUAUUCAAUCGGCAUGUAUUCCGAAAAUUCUCAAAGGCCAUGACUGUAUUGGAGGUGCUAAGACAGGUAGCGGUAAAACAAUUGCAUUUGCAGCUCCGAUGCUUACUCAGUGGUCAGAAGACCCGUCGGGAAUAUAUGGGCUUGUUUUAACUCCCACUAGAGAGUUAGCUUUGCAGAUAGCUGAACAAUUUGCUGCUUUGGGAUCAUCAAUGAAUAUCAAGGUAAGUGUCAUUGUAGGUGGUGAAGAUAUAGUCAAACAAGCUUUAGAAUUGCAGAGGAGGCCACAUUUUGUGGUAGCAACUCCAGGUAGAUUGGCCGAUCAUAUAUUAAAUAGUGGUGAAGAUACAGUUUGUGGUUUACGGAGGGUUAAAUACUUGAUUCUAGAUGAAGCAGAUAGACUAUUGAGUAACAGUUUCGGAGGUGAUUUGGAAAGGUGCUUUAAUAUUUUGCCUCUGACAGAUAAGAGACAGACGUUGCUAUUCACAGCAACGGUUACUGAUGCUGUUCGUGCUUUGAAAGAUAGGCCAGUUCCAAAGGGUAAAUUGCCUGUCUUUAUUCAUGAAGUUGAAACCGUUGAUAAGGUAGCGAUUCCUUCCACUUUACUGGUCAAGUAUGUUUUUGUUCCAUCAUAUGUUAAAGAGGCUUAUUUACAUAGCAUUUUGAAUUUACCGCAAUAUAGCGACUCGUUGAGUAUAAUAUUUACCAAUAGAACAGCUACGGCUGAAUUGUUAAGAAGAACCUUAAGAAAAUUGGAAUUUAGAGUGGCGUCAUUGCAUUCUGAGAUGCCUCAAACAGAAAGAACAAAUUCAUUACAUAGAUUCAAAGCGGGGGCCGCUAAAAUAUUAAUCGCAACUGAUGUCGCUUCCAGAGGUUUAGAUAUUCCAACCGUUGAAUUGGUAGUUAAUUACGAUAUACCUGCAGAUGCAGAUGAUUUCAUCCAUAGAGUUGGUAGAACUGCAAGAGCGGGAAGAAAAGGUGAUGCUAUAUCUAUAGUUGCUGAGAAAGAUGUAGAUAGGAUUUUGGCUAUUGAAGAGAGAAUAAAUAAGAAAAUGGAUUUGAUAGAAGAUAUUAGUGAUAAUAAGGUUAUCAAGGACUCUUUGAAUAAAACCAGUGUUGCAAAGAGAGAAGCUUUCAUGGAUAUGGAUAGAGAGAAUUUUGGAGAAAAGAGAAAGAUUAACAAAAGUAAACGUCAAGCAAAUGAAGGAACCAUCUCAAUACAUGAAUCAAAGAAAAAGAAGCACCAUAAAUAA